AUGUGCUGUAAGCGGAAAUUGGUGAAGAGGAGAAUAAAAGUACCGAUGUGUACAGUACGGCAAGGUUUCUUAAAAAAGACAGAUUCAUCAAAACCACAAACUGCGACUAGUUCCACAAAAAGCGCUGUUAGUCAAACGAAAAAUAAGCAGCCAGUAGACAAAACAGUAGUAAUAAAAGUGGCCAAAAAAAUCGACAUUGGUACGCCAAAAGAAAUGACAAUGAGAGACAAGAUCUCGAACACAGUCACCGGAUUAUUUAAAAAGAAAAAAGAUUUAGAAGCAACCCAAGAAGAUGGAUUCGAUAGCGAUAGAAGUAGAGAUAUUGUAGAAACGACGAACGUGAAAUGUCUAGGCAAUUUGGACGAAAUUAUAAAGAAUCGCAAAUUGAAAAUAAAUAAAGAGAUAGAAGAAAUGAAAUCUACACAUGAAAUGGAUGAUUUCAAACCUCUUAAGCCAGUUACCGAUCCAAAAUUGCAUGUGAAAAUUGCGGAGAAAAAAUGUAUCCUCUACGAAACGAACGAUGAGCCAACUUUAGACGAUGAAAUAGAGGAAAGGAUACUUUAA